AUGAUAUUGGAAGAUGAAUCAGAAUGUGCUCUUCUGAAUCAUUGGAACUACGCAAUUCAAUGCAAUGUAAAAGAGUUGAAUCUUGAAGUAUGGAUCCAUCAAAAGAGGUAUGAGUUGCCUAAGAAGUACUAUGAGCUGCUUGAGAGGGCUCUCGUAGCAAAAUCAAUAACUGUGCUGAAAUUGUCACUGUGUAAGUUGAAGUCAUUUUACAGUGAUAUUAACUUACCCUCUUUGAAAAAGUUGGAUUUGGGUACUAUCGUGGAAAAUCAAGUUGUCCAAACUCUUUUUGAUGGUGGUUGUCGCAAUUUAGAAGAGAUGAGAUUUGAACAUUGUUAUGGGUUGAAAAGUCUACAGGUCUCAAUUCUUCCUAAACUCAAGGCCAUUGAGCUGGUAGAAAAUCCUCAACUUGAGAAUGUUGAGAUAGAAGCAUCGAAUCUUGAAUCUUUACUUCUCAACCUUAUGAGACCAUGCCAAAUCAACCUAGGUCGGUGCGGAAAUUUAAACAAGUUAUUAUUAAAUUCAUGCAGCAUUACUGACAAAUGGUUGCAAGAUUUUCUUUCUAAACAUCCACUCGUUGAAUACUUGGACCUACGAUAUUGUAGUGUGUUGAAAAGGAUUAACAUUUCAAGUCAUCGCAUGAAGAGUUUGGCCUUUAUUUAUUGCUCCGAGUUGGUUGAAGUUGACAUUGUUACUCCUAACUUACAUUGA